AUGCUAAAGGGAUAUUUGUCGCAUCUACUAUUCCAAAACUUUGGUCAUCAAGUCCUUGGUCUAGAAGUCUGCAAGAAAUUUAUUGAUCAAGCGUAUAAAACCCAAGAAAACUUAUACCCUUCGUGCAAAAAUAACGUCAUUUUUUCCGAGUUAUUUGUCCAAAUUGACAGCGAAAAAACUAUUGAAAGCUUGAUAGAAAAACAUUUUGGGAAAAACAGGCGGAUAUGCUUGACAGGACUACACGCCUGCGCGGAUUUGAGCGUGACAGUUUUGAAACUUUUUUCAAAAAUGGAAUGUGUCAAAGCUUUAUCGAUAAUGCCUUGCUGUUAUCACAGAACAGAAGUAAAGGAAGAAAUGCCAGAAAAAACAAUUUUCACAAAUUUUCCCUGUAGUAGAACAUUGAAAGAUAUUUUUGAACGGUUUGAAGGUGAAACCUAUCUAGGGACACCUUUUUUGCGAUUGGCUUGCCAGGAUACUUACGAAAGUUUUUUGGAAUUGUCUGAAAAGGAUUUAGAAACAAAGACGCAAGCGUUGCUGUUCAGAGCAGUUCUGGAAUUUGUUGCGGAAGACCAAAAUUGCACGGUGAAAAGACUGAAACGAAAAUCGGGCAAAUUGACAACAACUGACGGGGGAUUAUUUUUCGAGACUCAUUUGAAUAAUUUGCCCAGUUGCCACCGGUUGCUAGCUGCGCCCUCUUCUAUACCCAGGGAUAUAGACGAGCCAUUCUUGAUGGAGAUGCGUAGAAAAUGGGAAGAAUAUCACACGAAUAUCACAAAACGGUUAGCAGUGUCAGUGUAUAUAGCUCUCCAAGCACUCAUACAGAGCGUUUGUGAAAACGUCGUUUUAGUGGAUAGGAUUGAAAUGGUUCGAGAGUACGGGUAUUCUUGUAGGCUGAAGAGGAUUACGGACAGUAAGUUAUCGCCAAGGUGCUGGGCACUGGUUGCUGUCAAAGAUAUACAAUAAGCAGUGUUACCCCUUGUAUUUGUACAUAUUUAAUAA